AGAAUUAUGUUCUAAUGAGGUUACACUGAACAAUAGUGUUUCAUAUUUUUGGAAAUUAAAAUAAUUGUGUAUAUCCGUGCGUUGCAGUAUAAAAUAUGUCGGAUGGUCCCAUAGGCAUAGAGUACUUUGGAGGUUUUUAGAACAACAGUAACAGAAGAAUUUGGAAAGUUCAACAUGAAAGUCCUGAUGGUAGCAGUUCUCGCACUAGUGGCGCCCUCUGCACUGGGUUACGACGAAAAGUACGAUAAACUAGAUGUGGAUAAGAUCAUUGGCGAUGAUGCGCUCUUCACAGCUUAUAUCGACUGUAUGCUGGAUAAAGGACCCUGCACUGUGGAACAUUCGGAGGACUUUAAAAAGCUCCUGCCUGAAGUAAUCCAAACAGCUUGCGCCAAAUGCUCAGGAAUACAGAGGACGAAUGUCAGGAAGACUGUCAAAGCUUUGAGCGACAAGAAACCUGAUGAUUUCGCGAAAUUCCGCGCCAAGUUUGAUCCUAAAGGAGAAUAUGAGAAGGACUUCUCUGCUUUCUUGCUUGCCACAGAUUAAACAAUGCGUAUAAGACUUAGUUCUUCUUGACAAUCAAUGGCUUUAUUCAAAUUGGAUCCGAACUAAAUUAUGUGGAGCAUUACAAUAAAUAAAUAUGUUGCAAAUUGUUA